AUGGGGAGUAACCCCAACCCACAGCCACAGUAUGCGCCGCCGCCUGAGAAACAACAGUAUGCGCCACCACCCGAACAACAGCACUUCCCACCACCGGGCCAAGCACAAUCGCCGCCCCCUCAUCAGCAGCAUCCACAACAUCAGCAGCAGCCGAUGAGCCCUGGCUUCGGUGGAUUUCCUGGUGGAAGUCCAAGUGCAAGCCCAUACCGGGACGAGCAGUCAGGAUAUCCUGCUGAAAAGACAGGACAUCCAGGUAUGGGACAGUCGCAACCGAGCCAACAGACCAUACCACAGCAACCGCAGUACGUAGGCCAAGCAGCGCAUACCGGCCCUGCAAGUGCCUCAGCAGAUGACGUAGGAACCUUCAAUGGAGGAAGUUAUCGUGUGAGCCAUCGGGACACAAAUUCGAUCCUCACAGUGCAAUUAGCGAUCGGAUGUCCGUUUACCGCGAAACCUGGUAACCUGAAAUUCUCCCUUAAGAAAGCACUCAUCGGUGGUGACAUGAGCAAAUCUACAUACACCGGCCCCGGUGAACUCCUCCUCGCUCCUUCCUCUAUAGGCGACAUCACCAUCAUCAAGCUUGGUGGAAAGGAACAGUGGUCGGUGGGCCGCGACGCCUUUCUAGCCUGUACACAGGGUAUCGUAACCGAGUACAAGAGCCAGGGCAUUGGAAAAGCCAUGUUCAGUGGUGAAGGACUGUUCGUGUACAAGAUCAGUGGUACGGGUGUGCUUUGGGUUACGAGCUUUGGUGCGAUCAUUAGGAAAGAUCUCGCAGCCAACGAGAAGUACAUCAUCGAUAACGGACAUCUGGUCGCAUGGAACUGCAAAUACGUACUCGAGCGUGUUGCUAGCGGGGGUAUCAUCAGUAACAUGACGGCGGGCGAGGGGCUCGUGUGCAAGUUCACGGGACCAGGGACCGUGUUCAUGCAGACAAGGAACGCGGCAGCGUUUGGGCAGUGGUUAGCUGUCAAUGCUGCGGCUCCGUAG